AGUUACAUGAAUAAUUUGUGGUGAUUGCAUAUAUCAAUAAUUUACUUUGUAAGAGGCUUGUAGUUUAAGUGGUUUAGAGCAUUUAUCAUUGCCCUAAAAAUGCAUGGUUCAAUUCUCCUCUCUCCCGAUGUCGCUUGAAUUAAAACAUAAAAAAAUAAAAAGAAAUUUACUUUAAAAGCUUUCCUAAUCAAUAAAAAAUGAAAAAUAAAUUUGAAGUUAGUAAAGAUGUAAGAUAAAAAGAAAAGAAAAGGCUAGUUGGGACUUAGAUGCAAUAAACCAAAAGUAGGAGGAGUAAAGGUUGCCAAAAAAACCAAAAAGUAGGGUGAGUUUAUGAGUAGUUUCGAGGGGAACGAGGUUUAUGUGGACAGAGACUGAGAUUUCGAGAGUCCAAGGCAAAGCCAAAUACAGACACAUGAACACACACCCUUAUUUUUCUUCUUCUCUCCUCUCUCUCAUUUGUUUUGUUCUCCUCCAUAAUUUUAUUUCUAUUUUAUGUUAUUUUUAUUAUAAAUUCAAACAGCCCUCCACAGCCUCCUCCACUCAAACACACACAAAAACACAAGGCUCCUUCUCCUCCUCAUUAUCAACCAUAAAAAAAAGACAACUCAAACUCUCUCUCUCCCUCUCUCUCUCUCUCUACCUCUCUGUCACUACCUACACCAUUUCAUUCCCCACCGCCUUUCUCUCCAUUUAAUCCCCCCACACCCUCAAAACACCUCACCACCUUUCAAACCCACAACCCAAAUCCUCCAGCUCUCUCGCCUUCUCCACCAUGAAAGCUAGGGUUUGCGAGCUCUGCGACCAAGAAGCUUCGCUCUACUGCCCCUCCGAUUCCGCCUUCCUCUGCUCCCGCUGCGACGCUAGGGUCCACCAGGCCAACUUCCUCGUCGCUCGCCACAUCCGCCAAUAUAUCUGCUACAAUUGCAAGGGUCUUACCGGAAGUCGGAAUAUCCGGUCAUUCUGCUCGUCAUGCUCGCCGGAUAAUUUUUCUGGUCAUGGUAACGGCGACGGGGACACCCAGUCCUCUUCCUCGGCUUGUUCCGCCUGCGUCUCUAGCACUGAUUCCUUUGGCGGAACUGCGGCGACGAAGGCUGGGUUUGAUAACUUGAAAUCUGAGAGCUCCGUAACUCAGGUUUCCGGCAAGUUGUCGAAUAUUCCGGCGAGAUUCUCCGGCGCAAAGAGGAAGUGCGUACAGAGGGCGCAAGCGCGAACUUCGACGAGCGCGGAUGCAAAAGCGAAAGGUAGUUUCAUAAAUUGGUGCAGUCAGCUGGGGCUGAAUGGUAAUUAUACCGCGGCGGUGGUGUCGACGGCGUCGAAUGCGUUGGGAUUUUGCUUGGGGCGGUUGGCGGGCGUGCCCCUGAGAGUGUGCCUGGCGGCGUCGUUUUGGUUCGCAUUGAGAUUCUGUGGGGGCAGGUCGGUGUCCACGCGUCAGAAUCUGAGACGGAUUGAGGAGUUGUCGGGAGUGCCGGCUAAGCUGAUCCUGGCCGUUGAAGCGAAGCUCGGGCGGGAGCUGAGAAUUAGGCGCGCACGGCGUGAUGAUCUAGAGGAGGGGUGGGCCGAGUGUUGAGUGUUGAGUGUCAGUGUGGGAUGAAUCUGGCACGUGCGAGUGCAAUGUAGGAGUGUGAACUGAAGUGAUUUUAGUUAUUAAUUAGUCAACAACAGAAGAUUAGGGUUCAACUGAGAAAAAAAAUUUAAAUUAACUUUGUAAGUUUUCGGUUUUUAGUUUU